AUGGCUAUGAGAUUGCCAAUGGUUGAUUGCCGUAGCUUGAUUGAAUUUUGCCGAGCCUUCGAACAGCACAAAAAUAUGACACCGACGAUGAAUAACAACAACAAUCACUCUCGGAACAAUAGGAAGUAUGGUUCCAAUUCCAGCUCCAAUUCAAUAAACCCUUUGUAUCAUCCGUUUUGCGAGCGAUCCCCCUUUGCAGCGCUAGAUAUUCUUAUGCUGAUUCUCGUAUUAGGAUCACUAGGAUUCCUAAUCAUACCAUACAUCAAUACAAUCUAUCAUGAAGCGAUUGAUAUUCUCCCAUUGGUUUUUGAAGUGAUCGGAGAUAUAAUAUCGGAUGCACCAAUUGCAUAUGUUGUUGGUUUGGUUGCAGCUUUCAGCGGAGUGAUAGCUAGUAUUGCCGCUUGGGAAAUUCUCGAAGUAAAAUCAAGGAAAUGUGGAAAGCCAGAUUGUAAAGGGUUGCGUAAAGCUGUUGAGUUUGAUAUCCAGCUUGAGUCUGAAGAGUGUGUCAAGUAUUCGUCAUCAGGAAGAACAACAGAUUAUGGCGUAAAGCCAUUGGAACUAGGAAAAGAUCACAAGGAGCUGGAAGCCGAGUUGAAGAAGAUGGCACCUCUUAAUGGUCGAACUGUUCUUAUUUUCAGAGCACCAUGUGGAUGUCCAGCCGGAAGAUUGGAGGUAUGGGGUGCUAAAAGAAUCCGUAGAAUCAAGAAAUGA